AUGGGUCUCCAUGUUUUAUCACCCAAUGUAGGUUCAUCAUGGUUCAGUUCGUCGUUUCUGAUGGUAAAUGAAGCUCUUGGAGGUGCAUUGUUUAAUUUUCCAGCUGCUUAUGAUCAAGCUGGAGGUGUGGUGGUUGCUAUAAGCAUACAAUCAAUAUUUCUUGUGUUCAUCGUGGCGGCCAUCAUGAUAUUGGCCUACUGUUCUGAUUUAAGUGAUGCGGCAACGUAUCAAGAUGUAGUUUUAUCAGUUUGUGGAAAGAAAACUCAGACAGGGGCGGCCAUUUGUCUUUUUUGUUAUUGUUUCGGGGCGUGUAUAACCUUUCUAAUUAUUAUUGGUGACCAAUGGGAGGAAUUUUUUUUGUUUGUUAGUGAAGAAACGUAUUGUCAUGGCAGACCAGUUUAUAUGGAUAGACGUUUUACCAUAGUCGUGACUUCCAUCUUAUUUAUUUUACCACUCUGUUUCCCGAAAAGAAUUGAUUUUUUAACGUAUGCCAGUUUUGUGGGCGUGGCUGGUAUUUUAUAUUUAAUGGUUAUAGUGGCUGUCAAAUAUUUUUUACAAGAUCCAAGUGAUAAACCGACUUAUGUUAAAACAAAACCAGAUAAUUGGAUGGAUAUAUUUCUAGUAAUUCCAGAGAUAUGUUUUGCUUAUCAGUGCCACGUGAGCAUUAUUCCCAUUUAUUCCUGUAUGGAAAAAAGAAAUUUAAAAGAGUUUUCUAAAACUGUGUCUGUAGCGAUGGUACUGUGUGUAUUAUUUUAUACCGUGACAGGUAUUCUAGGAUAUUUGCAGUUCGGACACAGAAUAACUAGUGAUAUUAUAUUAUCCUUUGAUCCUGAUACCACAGUGGUUAUAGCCGUAGUAUUAAUAGCAGUAAAAACAUAUACAACAUAUCCGAUAUUAUUAUUUUGUGGGAGAGCUGCUUUUGAUUCCGUGUGGAAUACCGCUUUAAGAUUAACACCAGAGGUUAUUGAACAACGAGAAAGAAAAAUGCGGAUUAGUGCAACGUUAGUAUGGUUUACGAUCACCGUGGCAUUGGCAAUAUUUAUACCAAAUAUAGGAGUAGUGAUUGAGUUUCUUGGAGCCUGUUCUGCUUUAUUAAUAUUCAUAUUUCCAGGUAUGUGUUUGAUGAAAUCGAUGUUGGAUAAACAGGAUAAAGGUCCAGAAUUCCAAACCAACUCGAAUCGUAUCAAAUUUUUGAUAUUUGUUGGGUGUGCGUUUAUAACAUUGGGAGCUUUCAUAUUUGGUUUGAUUGUGAGCCAAGCUAUACAGAAAGAUAUACAUGGAACCAAAUCUAUCCGUAAGAAGGGGGGGUAUUUAUGCAUGGCCAAACCUGGCCCAUAA